AUGGGAAAUUUCCAUAGCAGAUUCUUGGGCCCUAGAACCCCAGAUGAAGAAGAAGGUGGAAAUGUGGGUUAUCCAAAUUCGGAGAAUGAAUACAAAUCAAAUGAAGAAUCAAUGCUGGUUUCGUUUACUUCAAUCUACAAAGCAACAAAGGCCAUACUGCAGAAGCUUGUAGUCUCUACAGAAGCAGCAGAACCAUCACUCCCCAUUCAAAAUCCAUCACCCCAUCAGCCGCUUUUAGCCCCAUCACCUCAAAUUUUCAGUCGCGGCGAUUCGUCUGGUUUGAUCAGUGAAGAAGAAGCUCAGCACGACGACAACGUUGGUCGCUGUCAAAUAUAUGAGAUAGAUCGUGAUCAUGUUGUCUCUAUGCCUGAGAUCAGGUGCUCGAAGGUGGAAAUAAACCCAUCUACAGAGGCCAAGCAGAAGGUAAAGAGGAGUAACGCUGAGAAGAAGAUAAAGCAUUACAGCAGCCGGCACAAGAUACUGUUGGUCGGAGAAGGAGACUUCUCCUUCUCCGCUUGUCUCGCCUUGGCUUUUGGCUCUGCCGCCAACAUCAUAGCCACAUCCCUCGAUUCUCAAGCAUUUUUGAAGGAGCAUUAUGGGAAUGCUAUGUCCAACAUCGAAGAAUUAAGGAGGAGAGCGGGCAAGGUGAUGCAUGGGAUCGAUGCCACAAAAAUGGCGAGCCAUGAACUGCUCGGACAACUUAAAUUUGAUCGCAUUGUAUACAACUUUCCACAUGCUGGAUUUUUCGGCAAGAGCAUGCCAAAAGAAUCCCAGCUUAGUCGUCACAGGAAACUGGUGAGCAAGUUUCUGAUGAACGCGAAGAAUAUGAUAAGUGAAAAUGGUGAGAUUCACGUUACGCAUAAGACCAAUGGUUUCCACGCCAACUUUAAGGUGGAGAGCAUUGCCUCAUCGCACGGGCUAAAACUUAUCCAGGCCGUGAAAUUUAAAUGUGGUGAUUAUCCGGGAUACAACACCAAGUACGGUUUUGGGGGUGAUGGCAACUUCGAUUGCAACCCUAGCAAAACCUUCAAAUUUGGCCUUAAAUCAGUGUCGCUUUGA